AUGAUAAAGGAUCCUGAUUAAUUUAACUAAAACACAGAAACAGAUGAAGAAGCACCUUACUUUAUAGAAAAUUUUGAUAUAUAAAAAGAGUUAGAUAAAUAUAAAUAUGUUAAACAAAGCAGAAACUUAGCUUACUAAUAUUUGAGUGAAAAUAAACUAAUAAUUGACUAAAGAUAUGAUCUCAAAAAAUAAACCAAUGAUUAUAAUGCAUCAUAUAAAUGCAAAGCAUAUGAUAAUAAAUCACACUAAGAUGUUUUCAUUUACUAUUAUAUUACUUUUGCACAAUAUGAUAUAUAUUACUUAAAAUAAAUUUUAAAAGCAAUUGAGAUUUAAAAAUUCUUAAACCAUGAAAACAUAGAAAAAAUAUAUAACUUUGAUAUUAUCUCUUAUCCUGAAAUCAAUAAAAUGUAUGUUGUUUCUGAUUUCAUGCAAACAAAUUUGAGUUUUAUCACAUAAUCUUAGCAAUAGCUAACGGAUGAACAUAUUUAGUUUUUUAUGUAUUAAAUUUUAAGAGCUUUACACUACAUUCACUCUGCUAAAAUAGUAUUUGGAUUUUUAUUACCUAGAUUCAUUCAAAUCAAUUCUGAUUGCUCUAUAAAAAUAUCAGAGUUUACUUCAUGUGUUGGAAAUCAAAAUCAAAAGAUCAGAAGUUACAUACAUAAAAACUAUUAUAUGUCUCCUGAAUACAUUGUUGAAAAAAUUAUCACAGAAAAAUCAGAUAUUUGGUCAGCUGGUUGCAUUUUUGCUGAAUUAAUCAAUAGAGUAAAGCUUUUCAGUGGACAUGAUGAUUUUACAGCCAUAACUUAAAUUCUUUAAUUUUGUGGUGAGCAAAAUGAAGAAGAUUUGAAAUUUUACAAAUAAAUAAAUAGAGAAAAACUAUCAACACUUAUGCCAAAAGAAGAAUAAAUAUCCUUGCAAGUAAGAUUUCCAAAUGCUAAUCCUUUGGCAUUAGAUUUAUUGGGUAAAAUGCUUACAUUUAAUUUAGAAAAAAGAUUUAAUGCUCUUGAGUGUUUAUAACAUGAGUAUUUAGCUGAUUUAUAUGACCCUUAAAGCGAAUUAAUAUGUGAUUAAGAAUUCGACUGGAGCUUUCUAGAUUAACAAUUGACUAAAGAAGAAAUUAUAAUGAGAUUAUACAAAAAUUAACUAUUUUUUUAAUAAAAUUGA